AGGUGAGCCGAGAGCAGAUCCGAUCGAGUGGAAUGUAGUGUAACCUAUUCCCUCUGGGGUUUAUAAGGGGAGUCAUGUAGCCAAACACAGCUGCGAUCGAGUGGGAGAGGAAGGCGAAGGGGAGGAGCGAUGAAGGUGAUCGACAAGAUCCGGGCGGCGACCGAGGGCGAUGGGAGGACGGUGUUCUCCUUCGAGUUUUUCCCUCCCAAGACGGAGGAGGGCGUGGAGAACCUCUUCGAACGCAUGGACCGCAUGGUCGCCCACAACCCAACCUUCUGCGACAUCACCUGGGGCGCCGGCGGAUCCACCGCCGACCUCACCCUUGACAUCGCCAAUCGGAUGCAGAACAUGAUCUGUGUAGAAACUAUGAUGCAUUUGACUUGCACAAAUAUGCCGGUAGAGAAGAUUGACCAUGCUCUGGAUACCAUCAAGGCCAAUGGGAUUCAAAAUGUUCUGGCACUCAGGGGAGAUCCUCCUCAUGGUCAGGAUAAGUUUGUUCAAGUGGCUGGUGGAUUUGCAUGCGCCCUCGAUCUGGUGCAGCACAUUCGGGCUAAAUAUGGAGAAUACUUUGGUAUCACGGUUGCCGGCUAUCCAGAGGCACAUCCUGACAUGAUACAAGGAGAUGGAGGUGCUACACUGGAAGCCUAUAACAGUGAUCUGGCUUAUUUGAAGAGAAAGGUGGAUGCUGGUGCUGAUCUUAUUAUCACUCAGCUAUUUUAUGACACUGAUAAUUUUCUGAAGUUUGUCAAUGACUGUCGUCAAAUUGGGAUCAAUUGCCCAAUUGUACCUGGUAUCAUGCCAAUCAACAAUUAUAAGGGCUUCUUGCGAAUGACUGGGUUCUGCAAAACUAAAAUACCAUCGGAGAUUACAGCUGCUUUGGAACCAAUUAAGGACAAUGAAGAGGCUGUUAGGGCAUAUGGAAUUCAUUUAGGGACCGAAAUGUGCAGGAAGAUUUUAGCUCAUGGAAUCAAAACGUUGCAUCUAUACACAUUAAACAUGGAGAAGUCUGCAUUGGCCAUACUAAUGAAUCUUGGAUUGAUAGAAGAAUCUAAAGUUUCAAGGUCCUUGCCUUGGAGACGUCCAGCUAACAUUUUUCGUGUCAAAGAAGAUGUUCGACCUAUUUUUUGGGCUAAUCGACCAAAAAGUUACAUUUCAAGGACUGUUGGUUGGGAUCAGUAUCCACAUGGGAGAUGGGGUGAUUCUAAUAACCCAUCGUAUGGAGCUUUAACUGAUUACCAGUUCAUGCGCCCACGCUCACGGGACAAGAAAUUCCAAGAGGAAUGGGCAACACCAUUGAAAUCUGCGGCUGAUAUUAAUGAGAGAUUUAUGAAAUUUUGCCUGGGGAAACUUAGGAGCAGCCCUUGGUCUGAAUUAGAUGGGCUUCAGCCAGAGACAAAGAUAAUCGAUGAACAACUGUCACAGGUUAACUUGAAGGGUUUUCUUACCAUCAACAGUCAACCUGCAGUUAAUGGAGAGAAAUCUGACUCUUCUGCUGUCGGAUGGGGUGGACCAGGGGGUUAUGUCUAUCAAAAGGCCUAUCUGGAAUUCUUUUGUUCAAAAGACAAGUUAAAUUUAAUCAUUGAAAAGUGCAAAACUUUGCCAUCCCUUACAUACAUUGCUGUGAACAAAGAAGGGGAUUCCGUCUCCAAUGUUGCACCAAAUGCUGUCAAUGCAGUAACAUGGGGUAUUUUUCCCGGCAAAGAGAUAAUCCAACCAACUGUUGUUGAUCCUGCAAGCUUCAUGAUUUGGAAGGAUGAAGCCUUCGAGAUUUGGUCAAGGGGAUGGGCCCGCUUGUUCCCUGAGGGCGAUCCAUCAAGGGAGUUACUAGAACAGGCACAGCGAAGUUACUACUUGGUUAGCCUUGUCGACAAUGAUUACAUUCAUGGCGACAUCUUUGCUGCUUUCAAGGACAUAUGAAGUGAUUCAAUCCAUCAAGUCUACCCAUUACCAUGACCAACACUUGUCUGUGAUUUAGCAUGUGAUGUCGUUACCUCAUAUAUGGAAACCGGGCAUGGUAAUCGGUCCACUGCUCAUCGUGCAUUCCACUGGAUGCGCUAAAAUUCUACCAGUCAUUACCUUGAACUAUCAUUUAGUUUUCACAAAUAAACCGAUUGACCAGAUGUGUUCCUGGAGCUGCUCUGGUUUUGGGUGUGGAUGUUCUUUCUGUUGCUAUUGUUGUUUACUGAGCUUCUUGUUUCUUGAUGGCUUCAAGGAACUUAAAGUUGAAUACCAUGGGUGGAAAUGUUCAGGAGAAA